AUGCGAUUCUACACUCUUGUACUGGUGGCGACUACUGGCCUCUUGGCUUGCAAUGACGCCGCCAGUGCUGCAUCGAGCGCCAAAAUCACGAAGGUGUCGAAGGUGAUAUCACGUGACCAAGGCGUCCAGCGCCAAUUUAUUGGCGGUGUCACCGAUGACAGACAAUUGCUGAGAGCUCAACCAGAGGGCAACGACGACGAUGACUCUAAGCCUACCGACGACGACCAGAAGUCAAAGUACGAAACUUCUGCCGAUACCAAGACGAAGAGUGAUGAUCCGGAUGAAUACACGACCGCCAAGUCCGGCAAGUCCAGCUCGGGGAAGGGCGAAGAGAGAGGAAUUAUUGUUGAUGGUCUCUAUGAAGAGAAGUACGAAGACUGGUUCGACGAAGGCAAAACGCCGGGUGAUGUUGCGGAUGACCUGGGCCUGGGCGAUUUCGGCCUGUUUGAGAACCCUAUCAAGCGCCGCAUUUACCGGGGCUACAAGCGGUUCUACCGUGACGCAUGCGACGAACCUCGCAACCAGCGUUUCUGUCGCGAGAAUGAGGAUGGCGUGGAGGACUACUAG